UAGACGGAAGUGAAUUAGACAUAGUAUAAGCUGCGAUUUUGUUUUCUUUUCCGACCUUCCUCUACGCGUCUACGGUCAGAGUGGUGGAAAAAGUGAUAGUGGAAAAAACUGUUCAUUCCGUAUUGGUAUGCCAAAGAAUGUAUUUGGUAGUGAUUUUAGUCUUGGCCGCAACGCGUGCCUCACAAAGUACCUCAAUUAGUGUGGAAAAUGAUCUUUUGCAUUUCUCCUACGAGCUGGAACAGCAGUUGGACACCAGUUUUAAGCCUUGUGAUGAUUUUUAUGGCUAUGUCUGCACACGGAAUGCAAAUCUCAAUCAGACGGUGCAACAGCAACGUUUUCAGCAUUUUCUCAAAGUGGCCAACGAUGAGCAAUUAUUGGAUGUGGAAUUGCAAUUGAUAAAUUUCUACAAGUCCUGCGAAUCGAAUCGUGGCAUAGAUGCCCUAAAGAUAUCACAAUUGUAUAGACAGAGUGGCGGUUGGCCAGCUCUUGAAGCUGGUGCCAAAUCUCAGAACCGAAGUCAAGAGCUGGCCAAAAAUAAUCAGACAUUGACUUGGCUUACAUUACUGGGUCAUUUCCAUGAGAUGGGAUCGCCAUAUUUCUUUGAAACAGUCGUCACCAUGAAGUCCAAUAAGCGUCUAGUGACCAUUCAACCGGACACAAGUCGUCGCCAAACAAUGCGUAAAUUUGAGCAACGUGUAAGCGAACUACUCCAAGAAUUUGGUAUUGAACAAAGUCGGGCCCAUGUGGCGGCCCUUGAAGUGCUUAGCUUUGAGCGAAGUCGACGUGAGAUUAUCAAGAGCGAGUAUAUAGACGACCAGGUGCAGUUUAACUAUGGCAAUUUUAAGCGUGGUCCUUUGUCAAAUGUUACGCUCGGACGACUUGACUGGGAUGGCUAUUUCAGGAGACUUUUGGGCGGCAAAGUGCCUCAAUCGAAUGAUAUAAUUGUGAUUAAGCAACUGCCCAGAUUGAUGGACUAUUUUCUAUUGCUGCAGAAUACUACUAUGCAUAGAUUACUCAACUGGAUGUGGACAGAUUAUCUAAUGGAUAUAACUUCAUCCAAUUGCCAGGAACUGGCUGAAACCUACAUGGGCGAUGUCUAUGCGCAUGUGGUGCAACGUGUGAGUGCCGAUCGCGUAGAGUUGGCUGAAAUGUAUUCGGCCAUUGGUAAAUCUUACAGAGGACACUUUUCUGGUACCAACAAUGGUACCGUGUGGAUUGAUGAGCUAUCCCAGCAAUGCUCUCAGCAGUUUCUUGGACGUGUAAUGCAUUUGACCUUGGAUGGAGAUGAGGGUCUGGACGCAGCCUAUAGGGAACUUAUAUUGGGACGUCGCAGUUUCUAUCGUAAUUUGGAGAAACUGAAGCGAUUUCAACGCAAACGUCAGCCUCCACCUCAACCGGCCACAGAGCAAUUGCGACAAUAUGCCCAGGUCUUUGAUGCCGUCAAUGCUGUUCUGGGGAAACAGAACUUGAGUACUCCGCUCAACUAUUUGCUGGUGGGAGAGUAUUUUGCCCGCAAUCUGGUGGCCGCCGGCAGUAGCAGUCGUACUCCAGGUGCCUGGCGUAGCAUGGAUACAGACAAAGAGUUUACUCUCUUUAAGGAUUGCAGUGGAAUCACAAGUGCUAGUCAAGUGAAUUCGAAUGAUUUACUACUCGGCCUAUUGGCACAUCGUGAAAGUUGGUCUAGCUACAUGAAAUGGCUAAGUCAACCUAUGGGAUCUCAACUGCAAAGACGUCUGGAUUCGUUGCUUAAUGUGGGACGGCUUAAGUUGUCGCUUAAACGUCUUUACUUCAUUGGAAAUCAAUUGAUCGACUGUCGCUAUAGACUUAGUGCAGUGCAGCAAGAACGCCGAAGGCAACUAAGUCAUGCCAUUCUAAGGCAUACGCCGGAAUUUAGUGAAAUAUUCAAUUGCCGUGCCGGAGAUGCUCUCUACGGACAUGCAACACAGAAUUGUAAUGUAUUCUAAGGGUUAAAGGAGAGAAUAAACUAAAAUUAGAUUUCAGUUAA